AUGAUCCUCCAGUAUGAAGUACCUCUGUCGAACGCAUUCUCUGUGAUAUGUCGUCCCUUAUUGGUCUCGCAGUCUUGGUCUCCGUCAAUUUUAACCACGUACCCGAACAUCGAGGCAUGCGUCGGUCUCCCAGUGCAAUAUUCUUGCGAGAACACGACGGUCCUAACGGAUUCAUGCUGCAAUGUCGUACAAGGUGGACUUGUGCUACAAACACAGUUCUGGGACACCUAUACUGGUCUUGAGUCUCAGGGACAGCUGCUUCCACAAGGCAGUUGGACCAUUCACGGCCUAUGGCCGGAUAACUGCGACGGCUCGUACAACGAGUACUGUGACCUUAGCAGGCAGUAUGACCCUACGCCGUCGCCGUCAACCUUGCCUGAUGGGACGGUUGUUCCUCCUUACCACGGACCGAGCGUUAGAACAUUCAUCCAAGAUUUCGGUCGUUACGACUUGCUGCAGUACAUGGAUGAGUAUUGGAUCAACCAGGGCGCGCCUAAUGAGAACUUUUGGGCUCACGAGUUCUCAACACACGCUACUUGUACAUCCACGUUCGACGUUGCCUGCUACGAGCCUGGAUACCAGGAACACCAAGAAGUCGUGAACUUCUACGAGACAGUCACAAAGGUCUUCCAGAUGUAUCCUACUUACAAUAUGCUCGCUGCUGCAGGAAUUCUUCCCUCUAAUACAACGACAUAUACCCUCUCCCAGAUCACGAAUGUCCUUUACUCCCAAACUGGCGCUGUUCCAUAUCUUGGCUGUUACGGCAAUGGCACUAUUUUGGACGAGGUCUGGUACUUCCACCAUGUUCUGGGCACGGAGCAAUAUGGUCAUUUCAAAACCCUCAACUCCACCACUCCGUCGAGCUGCGCAGAAACCGGAAUCUGGUAUUAUGAGCGGACUACGACAUCCGAGCGGGUUGUUUCAUACUAA